AUCCCACAAUGCACUCCUCGAACAUGCGCAUUGCAACUUCCUUUCUGCCAUUGCUCCGCAUUGAAAAUGGCUAAACGCACCCGCAAGGUGGGAAUAGUAGGAAAGUAUGGCACACGUUAUGGUGCCUCCCUCAGGAAGCUGGUGAAGAAGAUGGAAGUGUCCCAGCACUCUAAAUACACAUGCCAGUUCUGUGGCAAGGACAAGUUAAAGAGGACAGCUGUUGGUAUCUGGGCGUGUGGUGGCUGCAAGAAGAUUAUCGCAGGCGGAGCUUGGACUGCCAGCACCACAGCAGCAGCCACAGUAAGAAGUGCAGUACGUCGUCUCAGAGAAAUGAAGGAAACGUAGAACCAGCAACAGCGAGCGGAGCAUUUCACUACAAACUUUACAAUGAGAAACUGUCCUUUAAAAAAUACAUAAAAAAUACAGAAAUACAAUUUGAAUCAAA